AUGCACAUCAAGUCCGUCAUCUGCGUUUCGGCAGCUCUUGCCGGAGCUGCCUCUGCUUUGAAUCUGCCAAAGUUCAGUCAGCAUGACAUUGACUCGGGGUCGGCUCUCGCUGCUCUCAACAAGAUUGCUACCCAGAAUGCCAUGAAGGCCUUCAAGGGAAAGUGCAAGAAGUCUGACUACAAAGUUAGGCAAGAAUGGCGCACAAUCCCUCCUGGCCAGCGGAGAAAGUACGUGGCCGCCGUUCAGUGCUUACAGAAGAAACCAAGUGUUUUCCAAGAAGUUGAGGGAACUACCUCGGCCUAUGAAGACCUCCAAUGGAUCCAUCUAAACAGAACUUUUGAGGUUCACUUUUCGGCUUUAUUCCUUCCCUGGCAUCGCUACCUCCUCCACACCUAUGAGCAGCAACUAGCAGCCUGUGGGUACAAGGGUCCCAUCCCUUACUGGGAAUGGGGUUUUGAUACCGAAGGAGACCUUAGCAAGUCGCCCGUAUUCGACGAUUCGGACGCUUCCCUUGGCGCUGACGGUGACCGCGUUCCUCAUGAGGGCUACAACAUGACCCUCUGGCCCGACCAGUACCCGGCUGUGACAUAUCCUCCUGGCAACGGUAGUGGCUGCGUCACCAAGGGCCCUUUCGGGGGUCUGGAGACUCACCUCGGCCCCGUGUUGCUUACCGACUGGGGAACGUCCACUUACACAAGCGUGGAAAACCCUAACCUCAAGAACACGCGCUGUCUCAAGCGUGAUCUGAACAGCGUUCUUCUUCAUAAACACGCCAACUUCCGCAACACCACGAACCUGAUUCUGCAGAGCAACGAGCUUGAUAUCUUCCAGGCUGCUUUGGCAAACGAUGUUCGCUUCGAUAAUGACCCGCGCUUUGCCCCUUUCGUCGGCGAUCAAGGCGUGCACUUUGGUGGCCACAUGUCCAUUGGCGGUGAUCCCGCUGGUGAUGUGUUCCUCUCCAACGGCGACCCGGCUUUCUAUCUCCACCACGGCCAAAUCGACCGCGUAUGGUGGAUCUGGCAGAAUUUGGAUCCCGCCAACCGCUUGUUCAACGUUUCUGGAACCCAUACCUUCCUUAACAGCCCACCCACCCCGGAUGUUACGGUAGACGAAUCCAUCGUCGUCCACCCUGACUUCCCGCCGGUGGUUAUCAAGGAUAUCAUGAAUACCCUUACCGGAGAUCCGCUGUGCUACGUCUAUAUCUAA